AUGGCUUCAACUACAGAUACCAAGAACUACAAGUUCAACCACUCAAUGAUCCGAGUCAAGGACCCCAAGGCUUCCGGUAUGUCAGACACCUUGAUGUCCACAGCCCUGAUCAUCAAGCCUCACCUUAAGCUUAAAUUGAACAAACUCAGUACUUGUGCGAAUAUUGACUCAAAUGCAGCUAGAUUCUAUGAAUUCCUUGGUAUGAGUCUUGUUAAGAAGCUCGAGUUCCCUGACAGCAAAUUCGAUCUCUACUUCUUCGGCUAUGACUCUCCCAAUGCCCUGUCACACAACAAGAGCACUUUCGACAGACAAGGACUCAUCGAGUUGACUCACAACUAUGGCACUGAGGAUGACCCUGAGUACAAGGUGAACAACGGUAACCAAGAGCCUAACCGUGGGUUUGGCCACACCUGCAUUGCCGUCGACAACAUCCAGGCCGCCUGCAAGCGUAUUGAGGAUGCUGGUUACAAGUUCCAGAAAAAGUUGACAGAUGGACGCAUGCGAAACAUCGCCUUUGUACUUGACCCUGAUGGCUACUGGGUCGAGGUCGUUGCCAGAAAUGAUUACAAGCAGACGGAAGAUGUGAAGGAGACUGAUGUGUCAACUUACACUAUGAAUCACACCAUGCUCCGUGUAAAAAAUGCUGAGAAGUCUUUGAAGUACUACCAGGAGGUUCUUGGCAUGUCCCGACUGCGCACCCUCGAGAACCCUGAGGCCGGCUUCAACCUAUACUUCCUUGGCUACCCUGGCGAUCAGCCUUUCCCUGACGGCCAGGAUGAGAAUACCAUCACCCAUCGGGAGGGUCUUCUCGAAUUGACAUGGAACUAUGGCACUGAGAAAGACGAGAACUUCCACUAUCAUGAUGGCAACAGCCAGCCUCAGGGAUUUGGCCACAUCUGCGUUUCGGUUGACAACAUUGAUGCGGCUUGCAAGCGAUUCGAGGAUUUGAACGUGAGCUGGAAGAAGAGGCUUACAGACGGCCGAAUGAAGAACGUUGCCUUCUUGCUGGAUCCUGAUGGCUACUGGAUUGAGCUUGUACAGAAUGAGAAGUUCUCUGGCAAGGAGAACUUCUAG